AUGGCGACAAUGAACAGACAAGGUUUCGGUGUGGAUUCCUCCAUGACCUACUCCUCUGGGAUGCAGAGGAACGGAGUCUCAUCUGACCUAACGGAGGAGGAUCUGGACGAUCUGAGGAUCGAGCUAUCAAAGGUGGAAGAGGAAAUUCAGACCCUGCACCAAGUCAUUCUGGCCAAAGAGAAAUACGCAAUGGACAUCAAGAGGCAACUGGGUAUGAGUCCGCUCGGCAACAUCAAGCAGAACCUGGCCAAAGGCUGGCGAGAAGUCCAGACCUCAUCGCCGUAUCUCACGGCCUCCGCCACCUUGGAGGACAUCAGCCACUCCAGCGCGUAUAGGAGGACCCAGGAUACUCUGUCUCAUGCAGGCCAGGUGACUUCUGCUGCUCUGUCCAGUGUGGGUGUAGCCAUUACCAGGAGACUGACAGAGAUGAGAGCUCUGCCCCUUCCAAACCCGCCACGACCGCUGAGUCAGAACAUGAGCGUACCUUCCAUGAGACAUUCCUCCACCUUCAAGUCUUUCGAGGAGCUGGUCGACAACGUGAAGGGGAAGGUGACCGGCGGCCAGGCGAGUGACGGAAACGCCUCUGGGUUCGAGAGAAGGUCCUCGCGUCGCAGCUCCCGAGACGGUCCCUUCUGA